AUGCCUAAUUUACUUAAUCUUCUUCCACCAGAAUUAAUACCAUUCAUAACGAAGUAUCUUCCAAUCCAAGAUCUUAAAAAUUGCUGUAGUUUAAAUGAUAUAUGGAAAACCGAAGUGAUUAGAGAAAUUCGCAAAAGAUUAAUAGUGGAUUGUACAUUCGUUAAUAGAAAAACAACUGUCAAAGCGCUAAUUGACCCUAAAUCCAAGUACGGUAGUAUCAGUAAAGCACUUGCCCAAAAAAUGGGUUUAUAUAUUACUAGAAUGUAUGGAUCUAAAUACCCAGCAGUAGAAGACCUUGGUAUUGGCGCAACAAAUGCUGGCAAGAAAGUAAUGAGGAGGGGUUGGGUUGAUAGAGAAAAAGUUUCUGUCACUUUGCCAAAUAUUUUUGAAUUGGGAAAAUUAAAAUCCUUACCUCGAUAUUUAAACGAAACAUUUACUAAUUUCGUAGUUAUUGACAAACCUGAAUAUGACUUAGUUUUAGGAAGUUCAUGGCUAACAGGUCGAGGAAUUGACAUUGAUUUCUAUGGAUAUAAAAUAUGCAGGAAUGAGCUUUGGGAAAAAAAGGGAAAAUGUUAUUGGAGAGAAGAUAGUAUAGAAAUAUUACCUCGUUCAUUACAUAUAUUCUAUGAAAUGUUAUUCCCCAAAUUAAUCGGAAUAGAUAGAGAUGGAGAUAUAAUUUUAACUUGUUUUUCUGAUAAAAAUAUGAAGAAUAGCCUGAUUGAUCUAAGUGAAUAUUACGAUUCAGAAUACUCUGAAACGGAGUUUUCUCAACAAUCAUCUCAGUCAAGUACUUCAUCGAUAGUUAGGAGGAUGAGUAAUCUCAAUACAGAAUAG